AUGCGUCAAUCCUCUAUCCUCCUGGCGGCUGUUCUCGCCUUGAACUCCGCCGCCACGGCCCAGCAGGUCAUCCUCGCAGUCCGCACCUCUACCGUGACCCAGUGCUUCACUGCCAUCGGCGCGCCCACAAUCUGCGCCGGCUGCGCCCCGUCUCCGACCAUUCACCCGCCUGUUGUCACCGAUCGAGGCCCCGAGUGCAAGCGCUGCGGCUGCAACACCUGCACCCAGACCAUCAAGUACACCACUGAGUACGACGCCUUCUGCUCCACUGGCAUCACCAGGCAGAAGUACGAAUGCACCGAGACUUACAAGGGCGUGGCGGCCAAGCCCACCAUUCCCUCCGUCGAGGUGCCCCUCGGCUUCACCAAGGGGGUCGAGACCUGCUACACCUGCGGCCCGACUCCCAUCUCCGCCACUAUCACCCGUCCUAUCACCGAGCCUCAGGGCACUCCCGUCAAGGGUCCUGGCGGUGGUACUGGCCCCAUGCCUGGUUCCGCUCCUACUUCCGCCCCAGGAUUGGGCCCCGGCUCCAGUCCUGGUGCUGGCUCUGCCCCCAGCCCCGGUUCUGGCUCUGCUCCGGGCGCUGGCUCUGCUCCGGGUGCUGGCUCAAUCCCAGGAUCGAACGCUCCCGCUGCUUCAAAGCCUGCAGUGACCGCCGACUCCCGAUCCAUUGCACCCCUCGCCGUCGGCCACGCCGCCCUCUUCUUUUUGGCCUUCGUCAUGACUGCUUUUAUACUUUGA